AUGGCGUCAAUUGGAGAGUUCGACCCUCUAACAUCCAGCGUUCCUGCAACCAAAAUUGAAAUAACAGUCUCGUGCAGGAACCUGCUGGAUAUGGACACCUUCUCCAAGUCUGAUCCUGUGGUAGUGCUCUACGUGCAGGGAAUCGGGAGCAAGGAAUGGAGGGAGUUUGGAAGGACUGAAGUGAUUGACAACACAUUAAACCCGGAUUUUGUGCGGAAAUUUGUUCUCGACUUCUUCUUUGAAGAGAAGCAGAAUCUUCGAUUUGAUGUGUACAAUGUAGACUCGAGAAGCUCAAACAUUUCAAAACAUAAGGAUUUUCUGGGACAGACAUUUUGUACACUGGGGGAGAUCAUUGGCUCUAAAGCUGGCCGGCUGGAGAACAAUCUGUCUGGGAUACCUGGGAAGAAAUGUGGGAUCAUUAUCUUCUCUGCUGAAGAGCUGAGCAACUGUCGGACUCUUCUCUUUUUGUUUUAUUCUAGAACCGUUAAAGUAGACUGUUAUGACUGGGACCGAGAUGGCAGUCAUGACUUUAUUGGCGAGUUCACCACAAGCUACAGGGAGCUGUCUCGUGGACAGAACCAGUUUAAUGUCUAUGAGGUUUUAAAUCCAAAGAAAAAGGGAAAGAAGAAAAAAUAUAUCAAUUCUGGCACAGUAACACUGCUGUCAUUCAAAGUGGAAUCUGAAUACACGUUUGUGGAUUACAUCAGAGGAGGGACUCAACUGAACUUCACUGUGGCAAUAGACUUUACAGCAUCCAAUGGUAACCCAUCCCAGCCAACCUCUUUGCACUACAUGAACCCCUAUCAGAUGAACGCCUAUGCCAUGGCUCUGAAAGCAGUGGGAGAGAUCAUUCAGGACUACGACAGCGAUAAACUCUUCCCAGCAUAUGGAUUCGGGGCCAAGCUACCGCCAGAUGGAAAAAUUUCCCAUGAGUUCCCAUUGAAUGCAGACUAUGAGAACCCAAACUGUGUGGGAAUAGAAGGGGUGCUAGAAGCCUAUUUCCAGAGCCUCCGAACAGUGAAAUUGUACGGGCCCACAAACUUCGCCCCGGUUAUUAACCAAGUUGCAAGAUCAGCUGCUAACGUGACGGAUGGCUCGCAGUAUUUUGUCCUGUUGAUGAUCACAGACGGUGUCAUCUCUGAUAUGCUGCAGACGAAGGAAGCCAUUGUUAAUGCUGCCUCUCUUCCAAUGUCCAUCAUAAUCAUUGGGGUCGGCCCAGCAGAGUUUGAUGCAAUGGAGGAACUGGAUGGAGAUGAAGUUCGGGUCUCAUCCAGGGGGCGCUUUGCAGAACGAGACAUUGUACAGUUUGUGCCAUUCCGAGAUUACAUUGACCGCUCUGGAAACCAAGUAUUAAGCAUGGCCAGGCUUGCAAAGGAUGUGUUAGCAGAGAUUCCCGAACAGUUACUGUCGUUUAUGAAAUCUCGUGGCAUCGAGCCCCGCCCAUCCCUGCCUUCCUCCAAUCAGCUGCACACGAGGAUCUGAGCUGGAGUGUGAGUGGCCGGCUCUAUAAUUGCCUACAGCACCGUCAUUCUUAUCCACCCAAUUCUAGGAACAGAACCACACUUGGAUCCAAGACCAUACCUCCACACCAAGCAAAGCAUGCAAGAAGGCAGUUUCAUUUCUUCCUUCACAUCUUGGGCUCCCAAGUCAUCCGAGGCUGCACUCAACGAAGCAUCAUACUUGUAACAAAAUCAGAGUAUGCAACGCAUGUUUUGUACAGCACAUCUACAUUUAUGCAUUCCUGAUCUUUUCGUAAAACACUAAAAAAAUGUUUUUGGAGCAG